AUGGCAGGAGAGAGCUUCCCUUUCACCUCCUCCACCCUGCGCGCUCUCCGACUACAGAGAGAGUGGCUGGAAUGGGAGGACAGGAGGCGGGCUGCUGCUCAUCAGUGCAGAAGCCACCGGAACCUCGCUGGUCCCCAGGCCCGGCUCACCAGGCCUCGCCGCCGCUCCUGCCGAGACCCAGCUGUCCACAAUGCCCUGUUCUCUGGGGACCUGCAGCAGGUCCAGAUCCUAUUCCAGGAUGAAGAAGCUGCCAACAUGAUUGUGGAGACUGUGAGCAACCAGCUAGCCUGGUCAGCGGAACAGGGAUUCUGGGUGCUGACUCCAAAGACCAAACAGACGGCGCCCCUCACCAUCGCUGUGGCCAGAGGCUACACAGACUGUGCCCGACACCUUAUCCUGCAGGGGGCUGAGCUUGAUGCCCGAAUUGGAGGCCGUGCCGCCUUGCACGAGGCCUGUGCCCAAGCCCAUCCCGACUGUGUCCGGCUGCUGCUCACAUUCGGUGCCAAGGCUAAUGUAUUGUCUGAGGAGGGCAUGACCCCCUUGCACCUCUGCACGGCUCCUGAGUCCUUGCAGUGCGCCAAGUUGCUGCUGGAGGCUGGAGCGUCCGUGAAUGUGGCUUCGCAGGAGAGUGAAGUCACCCCCCUGCAUGUGGCUGCAGCUCGUGGCCUAGAGCAACACGUGGCUCUGUACCUGGAGAACGGUGCCGACGUGGGCCUGCGCACCAGCCAGGGGGAGACGGCGCUGAACGCCGCGUGCGCUGGAGCGGAGGGGCCAGGCAGCUGCCGGCAGCACGAGGCUGCCGCGCGACACCUCCUGGAAGCUGGGGCUGAUCCCCGGGCUGCUGGUCGCAAGCGCCACUCGCCACUGCACAACGCCUGCGCUAAUGGCUGCGGAGGCCUGGCUGAGCUGCUGCUUCGCCACGGGGCCAGCGUUGGAGUCACCAACGGGGCGGGCCACACACCAAUGGACUGCGCGCUGCAGGCGGUACAGGACGCCCCCAACUGGGAGCCGGAGGUCCUCUUUGCAGCGCUGCUGGACUAUGGGGCUCAGCCUGUUCACCCUGAGAUGCUGAAACACUGUGCCAACUUUCCUCGGGCCCUGGAAGUCCUGCUGAACACCUAUCCAUGCGUUCCAUCCUGUGAAACCUGGGUGGGGGCGGUGCUUCCUGAGCUGUGGAAGGAACAUGAAGCCUUCUACAGCUCAGUCCUAAGCAUGGAAAACCAGCCAAGACGGCUUCAGCACCUGGCCCGCCUGGCUGUCCGUGCUCAGUUGGGUGGCAACUGCCGGCAGGCUGCUACCCAGCUCCCCCUGCCCCCGAUGCUCAGAGACUACCUGCUGCUGUGUGUGGAGGGACGAAUCCAGUGAGCUCUGAGCAAGCCAUUUCCACUUCCCCCUGCUCCUACACCCAGCCCCGGGAAACCAA